AUGGCAGAGGUUUUCCUUAGCACCAAGUGGGGUGCAUGGAUACUUGGUCGGAUUGGAGAAGAAGGGUACCCCCUGGACACAAUUUAUAUCACUCGCUAUAUGGAAUUCCUCAUGCGCAUUGUACCUCUAUCCCUGCUUAACUACUUUGCAGAAAAGAAACUGAAUGCAAAAUUCAACCAUGCAAUCUAUGGUUUGCAGCCUGCGCACAGGUUUUUCAGCCAGCACCCAACCUUCAACGACGACCUGCCAAACCGCAUUAUCUCAGGCAAGGUGCUGGUAAAACCAAAUGUCAGGGAGUUCACCGAAACCAGCGCCAUCUUUGAAGAUGGCACCAGAGAGGAGGACAUUGAUGUGGUUGUCUUUGCUACGGGAUACCGCUUCUCUUUCCCCUUCCUCGGGGAUUGUGCCAAAGUGGUCAAAAACCAGGUCUCCCUGUAUAAAUUUGUCUUCCCUCCUCAGCUGGAGAAGCCAACUCUGGCUUUCAUUGGCCUCAUCCAGGCAUUGGGAGCCGUCAUGCCCAUUGCCGAACUCCAGGGUUGCUGGGCCACACGUGUGUUCACGGGGCUGAACAGAUUGCCUUCAGCAAGUGACAUGCUGGCUGAUAUUGCCCAGAAGAGAGAGGAAAUGGCAAAACGGUAUGUGAAAAGCCAGCGCUAUACCAUCCAGGCGUAUUAUAUCCCGUACAUGGAUGAAGUGGCCUGCCUGGCAGGGGUCAAGCCCAAACUCCUGUCUCUCUUCCUCAUGGAUCCAAAGCUCGCCAUGGAGGUUUUCUUUGGCCCCUGCACCUCAUACCAGUAUCGCCUGAGAAGGCCAGGGAAGUGGGAUGGAGCCAGGGAAGCCAUCUUGACCCAGAGAGAACGGAUCAUUAAACCUCUGAAAACUAGAGUCCUAGAUGAUUAUACAGGUGCCUUGGUGCCUUACUACCUUCAGAUUUUUCUCAUUGUUGCUUUAGUUGCUGUAACUUUUGCUUAUUUUCCUUGGUCCUUUUUUCCCUUCUGACAAGUGUCAUUUUUCAAGCUGCGAGUCCAGUUCAUGGUUUCCCUUCUUUCCUUUGCAUUCAUAUGGGCAGACUGGACUAUGGUGGGCACCUCUGAAUCUGUCUUCUGUGUAGGGUAAACUUGCUCUAAUGCAAAUGCAAAGUCUGCAGUAGCGGUGCACAAGGCCUGUUAAGUCCCAUUCAAGCCCUGUUUUGGAACCCCACAACAAGUGAUAUAAUAAGAGGAAAUCCCUGACCAUUCCCAAAGUCUCCAGUGGCCUGGUUCAGGCAGUGUGACUGGAGAUCAAGGGGCAGGCUGGCAUCUUGGCUGGCAUCUUUGCUGGCAGAUUCAUAGUUGGCUGGUUGGUGUCCAUGGUGAAUCGAGUCAUGGCUGAUUCCCAAACUCAAGUGCAGGAGGGGCUUGUGGGCUCUGUUG